AACUGACAUCGAUGCUGGUCAUCAUUCCUCAAGGAUUCUUUGUUCUGGAGGGUAAGGGGCCUAACAUUGGUACCCUAGAUUGUCGGCGUCAUAUCUCACUCCUAGCCACUCUGCGACUCAGGGAAACUAUAGACAUGAUACCUUGCUAUCGCUAUUAAUGACGAUCGGAUCGUCGACUCAAACUUGUCGAAAUCAUGGAACCCCCGACGGAUCAACGUUCCGACUAUGCAGGAGGCGCCGCACCAUCUUUUCCAGACGUGAUGAAUGACCCAGCGUACGCUACAAAUUACAGAGGAAAAGAAAGGGACUUGGAAGAACCUGAUACUUGCCGAAUAUGUCGGGGCGAAGGUACGGAGGAAGAACAACUGUUCUACCCUUGUAAAUGCAGUGGUAGCAUCAAAUUUGUCCACCAGGCAUGCUUGGUGGAGUGGCUAUCACACUCGCAGAAGAAACAUUGUGAGCUGUGCAAAACACCGUUCCGCUUUACAAAGCUAUACGACCCAAACAUGCCUCGAGAUUUGCCAACGCCACUAUUCCUGAAGCAAUUGUUGGUCCAUAGCUUUCGCACCGUGGUGACAUGGUUGCGGUUUGUUCUUGUUGCAUUCGUCUGGCUUGGAUGGUUACCCUGGUCCAUGAGGGCCAUCUGGAGAGCUUUGUUCUGGCUUGCAGAUGGCCGCUGGUCUGGUGGGGAUAAUGCUAUGCAAGGACCGACCGAGGAACGCCUUUCUGAAGCAAUGGCAAACAACACCGCUUCGCUUCUUAGUGCAGGUGUUGCGACAAGCUCAGCCCUGGCCUCUACAUUUGAAACGAACACAGCCGAUACGCAAUCCAUGCCGUCACCAGCAUCGUCAAUGUUUAGCUUCUCGUCAGGCGAACCGCUACUGCUUACCAUAGUAAAGAAAGCAUUUUCUGGCCUUUUCUUUCCGGCCAUGUCUUCAAGUUCCAGUUCGACAACCGGAAGGGCUCCAAAUAUAACGGUAGGGUUUUAUAAGCAGCGGCACCCCUCGUGGCUGUCUGAUGUCAAAUUCUUGAAUAAUAUCACACCGUCCCCUACGAUUAACAAUAUUCUCAUCGACACAUUGGAGGGCCAGUUAAUUACGUUACUUGUUGUCAUAUCCUUUAUUCUAAUCUUCCUUAUCCGUGAAUGGGUCGUCCAGCAACAACCGAUGGCUAAUAUCGCGGAUGGUGAACGGGAAGCGGCUGUCCAGUUAAUAGCGAAUAAUCGUCCAAAUCCCGCGGACGAAAAUCCUCACCUAGGAGAACAUAGACCUCUACAUCCAGACAACGAACAACAGGAAGAAGAAACUCACAAUCAUGAAGAUGGAUUCGAUCACGCUGACGAUGCCUUCCCUGACGCUGUAGCUGAGGUGGACUUGCCUUCUAGGAACAUGUCGGUUCGGGAUGAGAAUAUGGCGUUUGUGGAUGGCCUCAGAACGUCGGGUUCCUUCCGUCGGAACCUGGAGAGCGCUGAUGAUGGACCGAGCAAUGUUCUUGCAGCAGAAUCAGCAUCCCAGAUCAAUCAACCCUGGCCUGGCGUCGAGACCUUCAGAGACCUCUGGUCGCGUGGUCAUGGUGACCCUGAACAGGUCCUAAGAAUCAUACACGAAGAGGGCCGUCAGGAUGAGCUCAGUUGGGUUGUCACGGCCAUGACAAAGCUACAGCACAGUGAUGGUCCUAGAGUAUCCUGGCCUCACAAUCAAAGCUUCUCAGGCCCAUCCAGUUAUGUCCAGCGUCCGGGCGAGACAGAUUCAGAAACUGCAAGUCAUAACACAAUUGCUUCCGCAGGAUCGUCGCUACCGGAUUCUCUUUGGAACACUGCAUCGCAGUCAUCAACCCCUGUUGUUCGGGAGCCCUGGGAUAUUGCGAGCUCGCAAUCUGGAAGCGAUACUCCUAUGGACCAGUUGCGCACUGACUUCGCUUCCGAUUUCCCGGGAUCUGAACCUGGAAGCGAAGAGGAUGGGGAGUCGCAGUCAGAUGCCCCUAGCUCCGCGAAUGACUUUGUUGGAGUUGUCCAGGAAUUUACCUCGCAUGAACCCUCAAGUGCAAACGAUACUACCAAUUUGGACCAUGAACCAGCUGCAAACGUGCCGCUCCCAACACAGACGGAACAUCCUAAUGCUGCACCUCGUAAUUUGGCUACCAGGCUCUUUGACUGGUUCUGGGCGGACAUCACCCCUGAUGAUCAGGCUCAGGAGCACCCACAGCCGGAUGAGGAACACGUAGUUGAGGACCCUGCAUUAGAAGAACCAUUUGUGCCCUUGCAAAACAAUCGACGCCUGGCCAAUGCCGGUGCGCAGGAUAAUCAAGCGAUCUUUGCGGAUGCUGGAAUUGACGGCAACGAUGUUGACGCUGUCGAGGAGGGCGAUGAUUUAGAGGGGAUUCUAGAACUCAUCGGUAUGCAGGGUCCGAUCUUCGGUCUCCUACAGAAUGGUGUAUUCAGCGCUCUGCUUAUAUCAUUUACGGUUUCUGUCGGAAUUUGGUUGCCUUAUCUUUGGGGUAAAAUCGCCCUCGUUCUUCUAGCCAACCCUAUACAACUGGUCUUUGGCGUCCCAAUGACGGCAGUAUCAAUUUUUGCAGAUGUUACAAUUGACACUUUAAUUGGCAUUCUGGGAUAUGCCAUGUAUGGGGUCAGUCUUAUCGUCAAGCUGGUGUUGAGUCCCCUUAGCGCUCUACUCCCUCUGGGUGACUGGAUUCCUCAGACAAAGUCUAUCACCACCGCUUCUCUUUCACUCAUUGAUGCUAGCAGUCAUCGGCUAGGGAACGUGAUUAGUUCCUUCUUUGUGUUCCAUGAAUCAGAUGUUCCCAUGUUCUCCGUCCUCUCUCACCAAGCACUGAAGAUACAUGAAGAGCGUAUCACGAGCUUGUUUCGGCUAUGCUUUGGAAUAGGCAAAUUUGUCUUGUACGACUUCCCACUCCAGUUACUUACUACUGAACUACCUGAUUCCCAAUCGUUCAAGCACGGAGUUGUCGAUUUCGUCAAUUUGAUACCCCAGGCUCGCGGUCAACUUUAUAGAUUUGGGAAUCAAAUUCUCUUCUCUUCGAACGCAACAUGGUUUAAUGCAAGUGUGACGGGGUUAUCUUCAGGUGCCAUAGCUGUGGAUUACGAACUGGCCGUAUGGGACACCAAGGAUCGAGUCAUUGCCAUUUUAUUGGGGUAUCUCUUAGCGUCAGCUUUGGGUCUGCUAUACCUUCGUAUCACUGGCCUCCUAUCAGGUGCGGACAGGGGUCAGAGGGUUGAAGGCAUAAUUGCCGACGUUCUGCACCAAGCUGGUGGAGUCAUGAAAGUCAUCUUGAUCAUUGGGAUUGAGAUGAUCGUUUUUCCGUUAUAUUGUGGUACUCUGCUUGAUGUCGCAUUGCUCCCUCUUUUUGAGAAUGCUACUAUUACAUCGCGCCUUGAAUUCACAUCGUCAUCUCCACUUACUUCAUUGUUUGUGCAUUGGUUCAUUGGCACGUGUUACAUGUUUCACUUCGCUCUUUUUGUGUCCAUGUGCAGGAAAAUCAUGAGAAGUGGUGUUCUCUAUUUCAUCCGCGAUCCCGACGAUCCGACCUUUCAUCCCGUGCGCGAUGUUCUAGAGCGUAGUAUAACCACCCAACUACGCAAGAUUGCAUUCAGUGCUCUUGUGUAUGGCGCUCUAGUCAUCGUUUGUCUUGGUGGUGUUGUCUGGGGUUUGUACUAUGCAUUCGACGAUGUGCUCCCUAUCCAUUGGUCUGCCACAAUGCCAGUCCUUGAAUUCCCCGUUGACCUCCUAUUCUACAACUUCCUCAUGCCCCUUGUGAUUCGAUCGCUCAAACCUUCGGACGGAUUGCAUGGCCUCUACAAUUGGUGGUUCCAUAAGUGCGCACGUUUCUUACGACUGACGAACUUCUUUUUCAAUGAGAGACAGCCAGAUGAGGAAGGUUAUCAUGUCAGACGGUCUUGGUGGGCUACGCUAUCGCGGGCAAAGGGAGAUAUUGAUCACCCUAUAAAAAGUGGAGAACAGCGACGCGAUGCUGAUGACAAGCAUAUCGAUGCCUACUUUGUUCGGGAUGGUAAAUUUGUCCGCGCCCCUGCAUCUGAUCAGGUUCGGAUCCCAAAGGGUAAUUCCGUGUUUCUGGAGGUGUCGGAAUCAAACGAAAGAAUCGAUGGGCUUCCUGAGACCAACGAGGGACUACACAGCCGAGCGAAUCCUAUGUUUACAAAGGUUUACAUUCCGCCCUUUUUCCGAACGCGGAUUGCCGCAUUUAUUUUCUCGAUAUGGGUAUUCGCGGCUGCUACUGGCGUAGGCGUCACAAUUAUUCCAUUGGUCGUGGGCCGGAAAAUGAUGUCGUCGCACUUCCCCAACCGACCGCUGAACGACAUCUAUGCCUUCUCAGCAGGCAUCUGCAUAGUUGGUAGCGCUGCCUACCUUGCGCUUUAUUGUCACACCAGCUUUGCUGCGAUGAAGGACCGUUUGAGGCCAUAUUUACAGUCUCCUCGCCAGGCCUGUAUUGGGUUGACCAGCGCUAUAGCCAAUGCCCUUCAGCUCUCCUACAUCGCUUUAGCGUUCUCGCUGAUUUUACCAUCACUGUUUGCUCUAGUAAUUGAGCUUUACGUGUUGGUUCCCGUGCAUACGUACCUCGAUGGUGCACAGACACACGUCAUCCAUUUUGUGCAGGACUGGACUAUUGGAGUACUCUAUGUCCAAAUGGCAAUCAAAUUCGUGCUCUGGUAUUCCACCUCUCGUCCCGCGGCCGCUCUUAAUGGCAUAUUCCGCGAUGGUUGGCUGAAGCCCAAUGUAAAGCUCGCCACGCGUGCUUUACUACUUCCAGUCAUACUCUUAACGGCAAUUGCGGUUGCCUUGCCAUUGUCGGCCGGGUUUCUGGUCAAUUCGACCGUAUUUUAUUCCACCCCCGAGGUCCAGUUCAAGGUUUACCGUUAUGCAUAUCCUCUCACAUUGCUUCUGAGCUUGCUGUUUUGGAUUGGUUUCCUCGUAAAUCGACAGGUGGAGAAAUGGAGGGUCAAUAUCCGUGAUGAUGUCUACCUAAUUGGAGAACGCCUUCAUAACUUCCGCGAGAAGCGGGCGAAAGAUGUCGGUGUAGCCCGACGAGUGAUCACAGGGUGAUUCAAUGUUAAAUACAACAACUUUUGAAAAGAAACCAUUUUUGAGUUCUUCGAUUCGUGUACAUGCUAUGACUGAUGAAUAAACCUUUCUUUCUCCCUUCCCUUUCGAUCACAUUCACACUGUACCUAGUAGGUUUACUUGAUGGUUGCCUGGUCCAUUUCUUCUGUGGGUAUCCAUCCAAGUGGGUCUCAGCAAACCCUUUGUUGGUUUAGAU